CAGAGCGAGAGCGUGGGGGCGGGGCCGGAGGGAAGAGAAUAAUGUACAUAUAGGGAGACGAACGCUACUAGCGGGAAGGAAGCGUCUGGGCUGUGAAGGGUUGCUCUGCCUUCCCCUCCCCAGUAGGCAGGUGGCUCGGGCCGGAGAAGAUGGCGGCAGCUGCCCGCCCGAAGAAGGAGAGCGUGAGAGUAGCAGUUGCAUCAUGUAGAUCAUAAAAGAACAAAUGUUGUUCCUCUCUCUGAAGGCUGGAUUAAGAGGAACAUCCAGCUUCUGUCUUCUCAAGAAAAAAUAAGUUCAAGAGCCAAAACAAAGAGGAGCCCUUCAUCACCCGAUCUGUAUGGUGCAGAUAUGCUUGGAUGAACAAGGGAAAAAAGUCUGUGUGGCUGAAGUGACAAAGGUGCCAACAUUUUAGGCAGCGAGAUGGGGGAGUGGCAAAGGAUCUUUGUACAAAAUCUGACGGUUCCUCAGCACAGCCAGAGGAGACGACACUUUCCACCCCGGGAAUCAACAGCAUUUCAGUGUGUCCUGAAGAGUGUGGAGGGGAAUGCGCUAAAGCUGAAAGUAUUGGAUGAAAUGUCAGAUGUCGAGUUUCAGCUGCGCCUUUCCUUUUUUGACGUCGCCUACCACCAUUUCUUUGGGAAGACCUGGAGGAGUGCCACAAGGCCCCGCAAAGCUGUACCGGGACAUCCCCCCACAGUGGUCUUCCAUGAGACUGUUUAUUUUCACACUUCUUUGGAUCAUCCCAGCAUCGUCAUGGUUGUGGAGGUCGUGGCUACAGCCAGGAGGCGGGACGGAACCCAGCUGGAUAUAUCAUGUGGCUUUGGGAUCCUACAUUUAUUUAACAGCAAAUCUGAGCCAACCAGCCUGAUCUUGAAUGACAAAGGGCUCAGUUUGUAUCAUGGGACCCCACGAGCCCUCUUGCACCCGCUUCUCCAUGAGCCGACAGAGAAGAACAAGUACCUGAUGAUGAUGGACAGCAGUCAUCUUCAGUGCAUCUUGGAGCCACACCCUUCCUUGGAGGCUGUCUAUCAUCUCCUCCCAGAGAACACCCCUGUGUCCAGCCUGCAGAGAAUUCCUGGCAUGUUAGCAGUACAUGAAGGGGAUUUAUUCCAGAAACCACGACUCAUGAAGACAGUGACAUGGUACCUGGAGAAGCUCUCUAUCCACCUGUACCCUUCGUUAGAGAGAUUUGAGGAGGAGCUCUUGGAACUGCUUAUGAGCGAUCAGGGUAACUCUGCGUUGGACGGCAACACCCUUGCGGUGCAAGAGAGACGGCUGCAUGUCGGGGUGCACAACGGCCUUUGCUUUGUGCAGCCCCCACAGGUGGUAGUGGUGGUGCCAGAGUCUGAGAUGGCUCGGGGGCGGACUGGAAGCUUGCACAGGAAGCACAGAGCCAAUACCAAACCCAGUUCGGAGGGGCAAGCUCUCGUCCUGCGAAGCCGCAUCCACUUGACAGAGAUGGUCCGUCACCCAGCAUUUGGAGUGGUCCUCCAGUUGGAGUACGUCUUCUCCGUGGCAAGUGGACCAGAUGGGAAGACACCAUCCGUUACAUCGCUGACGACACCAGCUUACAUGCAUUCGAUCCGCUGGGCAGUUUGGAACCCCUUACCGGAUGCAACUUCUUCACACGUGGUCCUGCCAUUGCAAGGAGGAGCACAGCACAAUCCCAACCACACUCUGGUUUACAAGACCCCACCGGCCACCAUGAGCUCUGAAGAGGUGAAGCAGGUUGAAUCAGGAACCAUCCACUUUCACUUCUCCACUAGCUCCAAUGAGCAACUCGUGGCUGCUGCAAAACCUUCGAGCAACAUCAAGGAAGAGACGCCGCCUCUCUCAAAGAACCCUCCCGUGCCGUCCCCCAGUUCUCCACCUUCCCCUAAGAUGCUCGUUUCCACCCAAGAUUACUCCCAAGGCCCUGGGCUAUCAAUAUCCCAGCUCUCUGUGUCUCCAGGGAGCCACUCCUCCAAGCCCCCACUGCAACCAUCCGGAGGUGCUCUGCUGUCACAGUCCUCGGAGGCUCUGAGGCAGGUGCAAGAGCAGGGGAACCCACGCGGAGCCAUCACCCACUUGGAGUCCGACCUUAGCUAUAGCUCACUGGUUCAGGAAUCAUCCUCUGCAGAUCAGCUCCAAGAGUUGCCCUUCACCCCAGUGCAUGUGCCCAUCAUGGCCCUGGGCCCGCGCAAAGGAAGCCCUAGCACUGGCCUUACACGGGCCUCUCUUGCCCGCCUACAAGCAUCUGGAUUCCCUGAGCUCCUGGACUGCAACAAGGAGCCCGUCCAAAUGGUGGAUCCUUCAGACCCCUUGAACUUCAACCCGCAACGGGAAGAAGCUGACCUCCUACAAAACAACGAAAUCAUCUUGCAGUUCCUUGCAUUUACCAGGACUGCAGAGGACAGCACAGCCUCAGAGAUGUGGCCAAAAACCAUCUAUUUCACCUUCCAGUUUUACCGGUUCCCUCUGGUAAUAACACCCCGAUUGCAACUGGUCAAGGUGGAACCCUCUGGGACAGCUCCGUUCGUUUCCUCUUCUCACAUCUUGGUGCAAAUUAAGGAAGACGGGACCCUGAGCUGCGGCUCCCCAGGCUUCCAGCUGAAAUAUAUGGUGGAUCCUGGUUUUCUCAAGCCAGGCGAGCGGCGGUGCUUCAUCCAUUACCUCGCUGAGCAUACCCUGCAAAUAGAUGUGUGGGACGGGGAUUCCUUGCUCCUUGUCGGAUCUGCUGCCGUGAAGCUGAAGCACUCGCUCCGCCAGGGCCGGCCAGCCAUUCAAGUCCACCAUGAGUUGGAGGUCGUCACCAUGGAAUACAAGCAGGAUGCAACAGUGAUGACUGGGGAGGUUCUCAAGCACGGGGGUGUGAAGCCCAUCGGAGUCCAUGCUGUUGUGAGAGGAAGGCUUCACCUGAGCCUGGCUAACAUUGGCCACCCGUGGGAACAAAAGCAGAGGAAGCCCCUCUCUCUGCCUCCCUCUCGCUCCCGGAUAGUCUUGUCGCAUGGCGGAACCAGUGGCUUCCAUGGGGGCAGCCUGCUCUCGCUCAGCGCUCAUGGUGUUGGGAAUGUAUGCCAAGCGCAAAAACUGGCAGAUGUGGACAGUGAGUUGGCAGCUAUGCUCUUCUCGCGCUUGCAGGAGGUCAGUGCGGCCUUCCAGCACACCAGCCAUGAGGCCAGUAUCACCCGGAGGCGGAAGCUAGAGAGGAUGUUGUCGGUGCGGAGGCGGGAGUCCCAAGAGGGUGACACCGGGAAGAAAGCCAGCCUCAUCAUGGGGCGGCAUGAGGACCGCAUUCGGCACUCGCGGGACCUCCAGAUCAUCGAGGCCUACCGGGAGCGCAUCAAAGCAGAGAGCAUCACCAGCAUGCUAAGCAAAGCCAUCACCACCCGCCACACCCUCUAUGCCUCAUUUGGCACGGCUGAGUUCUUUGAGUUUGCCCUGAAAAACCCAUAUAGUGUCCAGCACACGGUCACCAUAGAGAUCGACAACCCAGAGCUCAGUGUCAUUGUAGAUGCCAGAGAAUGGAGGCAUUUCAAGGAACUGACCCAAACAGUCACCCCAUUAGAGGAGGACAUGUUUCACCUUCAUGACAACCUCAUGCCUCGGGUGUACCUGCGUCCCAAAGAGACGGUCCAUAUCCCCUUCAAAUACCAGGCUUUCUGCUUGGAGCAUGCUGCCACAAUGCAGCAAGGUGCCAUGGAGCUGGCUUUCAGCGAAGGCAAAGAGGAGCCCACAGCCCCCUGGAAGGCCAGCAGCACACAGACCAAACACAUCAAGGUCUCCUUCAUGGCAAGUGACAGCAAGCCCAUCGCUAUCCUCAGGGUGAAUGUGGAAUCCCAACCCCACGUGGUGGAUCAGACGUUCCGCUUCUAUCACCCAGAACUCACCUUUCUGAAAAAGUCCAUCCGUUUGCCUCCAUGGCACACGCUUCCAGGUGCCCUGGUGGGUGUGCCAGGUGGAGAACCAGAGAUGUUUGUGCGCUGCAGUGACCCCAACAUCAUCUGUGAAACCAAGAAAAUGGGACCUGGUGAACCACAGGAUGUCUUUCUGAAAGUCGCAGGGGGGCCAAGUCCACAGAUCAAGAGAUUCUUCCUGUCGAUUUAUACGGACCCCUGGCUGGCCACUCCUACACAGAUCUGGCAGUUCUACCUCCAUUCUUUGCAGCGGGUUGACAUCAGCUGUGUAACAGGGCAGCUGACCCGCCUUUCACUGGUUCUCAGAGGGACACAAGCCAUCCGAAAGGUGAAAGCCUACACCUCACACCCGCAAGAGCUGAAGGUGGACCCAGAAGGCAUCUUCAUUCUCCCUGCAAAUGGAGUGCAAGAUCUGCACCUUGGUGUGAGGCCCCAGAGUGCCGGCAGCCAGUUUAUCUACCUCAAUCUGGUGGAUGUUGAAUACCAUCAACUCGUCUCUUCCUGGCUGGUGUGCAUGUCCUGCCGACAGCCUCUCAUCUCCAAGGCUUUUGAAAUUGUGCUCCCCCCUGGUGGAGGGAAAGGCUCAAACAAGAGGAUCACCUACACCAACCCCUACCCAUCCCGGAGAAUUUAUUUCCUACACACCAACCGCCUGGACCUGCUACAGUUCAAGGAAGAUUCCUUUGAGAUUGGUGGAGGAGAGACAUACACCAUUGGCUUGCGAUUUGCCCCAAGCCAGGGUGCCGGUGAAGAGGAAAUUCUGAUAUAUAUCAAUGAUCAUGAGGACAAGAAUGAAGAGACCUUCUGUGUGAAGGUCACCUACCAGUAACAAAGCAUGUGGGUGGGUGGGUGGGUGCCCUU